GUUACGAAGUUCCUGAUUGUGAAUUCAGUCGAGGCUGUUGAAUUUGAUUUCCUAUUUAAGUUUAUCCUGGAUUAUGAUAUAUUUGUCACCUUUAUUCUACACAACGCUGGCAGAAUAUACUGUGCACGUCCUUGCACGGGUGAAGGCUGUAUGAUUAGUUAAUGUUACGAUCGUAAUUGGGACAUGGAGGUCGAAGAAUACUCCAUCGACGAGGACACAGUGUGCGGCGUCUGUCAGGCCGAGUUCCUGGACGUGGUUGAUCUACAGACACAUAUAUCGCAAUACCAUCUCAGUAGUAGAAGUAACUACUGCCCGUUCUGCAUGCAGGCCUUCCCAGACUUAGAAGGUUUCGCUUUCCAUAUGAGAAAUGAACAUUUUGAUUCCUUAUUAUAUUGUAAAUAUUGUACGAGAUUCUUUAUAGACGAAGAAGUCUUGAGCGAUCAUGAAGCAAAGCAUCAAUAUUCUGAACAAAACAACAAAGUAUGCUGUUCUCAGUGCCAAUUUGUUUUUGAUGAGAUCUGUCAGGUGGAGUCACAUGAGUUCACGGAGCACAGGUUCAGAGACGACAGUGUGAUGUUGCAGGACGCUCACCCCUUGCUGUCUUCACAUCUCAAUAUGAAUGUCAAGUUAUUUAUCCGAGCUCUGUGUGAUAAUUUAUUAUUUGACUGCAUUCAAUGUGGCUUCUCAACUUUUGAUAGAACUUUAUUCAUUCAGCAUUUAAAAUUAGAGAAUAAACAAUGCUAUGUUUGUGAUACGUGUUGCAAUGUUUACAAGACAAAGGACGUCCUCUCUAAGCAUUGCAACACUCAUAUAUCCACUCUUAAUCCAAGGAAAACGUCCGUCCCAAACCAAUGCAGGAGAUGCAAGAAGAUUUUAACCGGCACCAACAUGAAAACUCAUCACAAAACCUGUGUGGAUAUGAAGUGCAGCACAUGCAACCUGUCAUUUGAUUCGGUGACGGAUUACGCGGAGCAUGCAGCCAGUCACUCCUCGGAGAAGACAGUUCCUUUGCAAAUAUGUAAAUAUUGUCAAAGACCGUUGGUCGGAGCUGAUGUGUUGGAGAAGCACAUACAGAGACAACACAAGCACGAGCUACAUCUGUACAAAUACCACUGUAAGAGUUGUGAUAAGAUUUUUAAACAUCCAAAACUCCUCUUCGGACACUUCUUUUCGCAGCACAGAGAUAUCAAGCCUUACAUCUGCAACAUCUGUAACAUCAGCUUCAGGAUGAGGAAGAACUUCACUAUUCACAUAAAACUGGAUCACAAGAGCGUUGGUUCUGUUGAGUUUGAUGAUCAGUUUUACGUUCACUUCACAGAGAAGAAAUCAGAUAAGAACAAAGAAAAUAUGGAUGGAGAAGAACCUGAGAGAAAUGAAGAAAUUCAGAAAAAUGAUGAAGAACUUGAAAGAUGUGAAGAAGCUGCGAAAAGAAUUGGAGAAGACACUAAAAGAAAUGAUAAAGUUGCCGACGACAAAAUAGUUGCUGGAAAUAAGAAAAACAGAGAUAUUGAAGCAGGCAUUGAAGUAACCGUUGAAGAAGUAAAGAAUGAAGGCGGUGAAGGUCAUGACGCGACCAGGAGAGACCAGAACACCACAGAUAGAGUCGAAAAAACAGAUGAAGAUGGUGAUGGAAGGAGUGGUGAAGCGGUUGAUACGGUUCCUGUAGAGGACACGCAGCAGAGAGGAAAAUAUAGAGUUACAGCAUCAGAAGAAAAGGAAGACACCAGGAAACUUAAAAGAUAUAGAGUCAGUGACUCCGACGACUCCGACGCGCCGCUCAUGACCGUCAUGAGGAGGAAGACGAUAAAACAAAGACGAAAACGAACCAAAAAGAACGCAUCAAAUAAAUUCACGUGCGGCCAGUGCGGUCGGAACUGCUACACCUUCCAGAACUACCAUCGACACGUGGCUUUGCACAAGAAGAAUGAAAUAAAGACUUGCAUCAAGUGCCACAAGGCGUUCCGACAUCAGAGUCAACUGGAACGACACAUCAAGAAACAACACGCCAGCUCCAAGCUCACCGAAACACUCAAGAAAGUCAUGGAACGGAAGAAUAAUGACGCUAAACCAGGCGAGGAAAGAAAUAAGACUCGCGAGGAUGGUGUGGAAGAAGACGGCAGAGGAAGAGGCCGUUCAGAGACCGAAAAAGUUGAAUUGAUCAGAGCGAAAACAUUCAGAAGCACCAUGAGAAGAGUCGAGCUGGAGAGACCUUCGACUCCUGUGACCAUAACGCCUGUAACGACGACACCGCCACAGGACGACACGCUGUCAGCCAAGAAGUUCAUAGAGAGCUUCAUGCCGGAGAAACAAGAGUCCAGCAUCACGAUCUCCAGCUGUCUGACGAUAAAGAGAGUCGCAGGAGACCGGCGGCCCGCCUCCAUCACACUCACGAAAUACACGCCGGAGCCAGAGUUCCUGAUGAGACCGAGGCUACGGAUGCCGGUCAAAUUCAAAGACGAACACACACAAGCACAUGACGUCACCAUCAGGGUUGUCAAUAAGGAGGUCCGGUCUGGCUUCCAGUUGAACAGCAGCAGGUUUCACGAGCCUGAACCGAGGUCUGCGAGCGAAGACGUGCCUGGGGUCGGGGAAGAAAUUCUGCUAGACGGUGAGAGGAGUCAUAGGUCUGUCGUUAUAAACGACGUCUUGGCCUCUGAUGGUAUUAAAAUAGGUCAUCUCUGGCCCCAAGCGCCGCCGUACUACAGAAUAGUCAAAAUCAAUGAGGUGGAACAGACUCAGGAACCGGAGGAGGUCGAGGAGUUCGUGGAAUCAGACCUCACUCUGCCGAACGGAACUAAACUGGUGAACGUGAACCCUCUGUCUCACCUGCUGGGAGAUCGUCAGCUGAGAGACAUCCGGCGGGCGAGGACCAGGUACUACCACCCGAAGGUCAAGAACAUCGCACAGACCCUGGCCGAGGCGCUGAUGAAGUUAGACAAGACGAGGUACCAGUUGCGGAAAGAACACAAGAAGAACACUCGAGGACAGGCUCCGGAGAAGACCUAGACAUACGAGUCUCAUGAAGAUGUACAUAAAUCAUUAUUAAUGUUAUCAUUUUGAAAGGAAAAUUAAAUUUUCUGUGAAUCACAUCCAUGAAUAUUAAACACGUUGGUCCGCGGACUU